CUAUCUCUAAAAAAUGGCUGCAGCACGCGGUGGAGGUGCCUCUGGAACCAAAUUUCGCAUGACCCUCGGUCUCCCCGUCGGCGCCGUGCUCAAUUGCGCAGACAACAGCGGCGCAAAGUCGCUCUUCAUUAUCGAGCCUUUCGGGUUUGGAGCGCAUCUUAACAGGUUGCCUGAUGCGGGUGUGGGUGACAUGGUUGUGGCGUCAGUGAAGAAGGGAAAGCCAGAGUUGAGGAAGAAGACUAUGCCCGCUGUUGUUGUGCGUCAACGCAAAGCUUGGAGGAGGAAAGAUGGUGUCUUCCUCUACUUUGAGGAUAACGCCGGUGUUAUUGUCAACCCCAAGGGUGAAAUGAAGGGAUCUGCUAUCACUGGCCCCGUAGCAAAAGAAUGCGCUGAUCUCUGGCCACGUAUCGCAUCCAACGCUGGCACAGUCGUAUGAGUGGAGUUGUUUACGCGCUUUCUCUUUUUUUUUCCAUCUCAUCAACCAUAUGUUCAAUACCUCAUGAUAUGAAUUGAUAUGGCAAACGAAUCACUUAGGUCAAUCUAAGUGUCGAUUUCCA